AGGAGGCAGCAGGAGCCGGGAAGAAGGAGGCGAAGGAGGAGGCGGCGAAGGCGGCUUUGGCGGCUGGCUGCGAGUCCCCUUCUCCUCCUCCUCCUCUUCCUCCGGGAGCGGGCUCCUUUUGGGCCCCGUUUGCCUCCAAGAAGAAGAAGAAGGCGGCGAGAGAGAGAGAGAGAGAGAGCUCCAGCCCCGAAGAGCCCCUUCAGCCUCUCCAUCUCCUCCCCUUCCUUCCUUCCUUCCUUCCAGCCUCCAUCCGAGACUCAGCCGGGGCUGGAGCCCCUUUCUUCCCCAGACAGACCCAGCCCUUUCCCGCCUCCUUGGAGGGUCUCCCCACAGACGGAGGGGGCUUUCUUCGGGGGCUGCUUUUGGGGGGCUUUUGGGACCCUUGGAGGCCAGAAGAGGAGAAGAAGAAGGAGAGAAAGGAGGACCAGCCCCGGCGCCCCUGCUCUCCUCCUUCCCCGUGUUCAAAUGCCUGUACUCUGGAGAACAAGCGGCUGAGGAGAACCAAGCAACAGACUUUCCUUCCAUUUGCUAAAAGGUACCCAAAGUCGAAGCCCUCAUGGAGUCUAGGAGCACAGUUGCCAACCAGUAGCUGGAGAACUGGGAUGUUUACGUGGAAGUGCCUCAUUCUUUGGGCUGUGCUGGUCACAGCCACACUGACCUCUGCAAGACCAGCGCAAACCCUGCCAGAGCAAGUUCUGCCCAAAACAAGCAUUGAAGUGGAGUCUUUGUCGGCUCACCCUGGCGACCCCCUCCAGUUGCGCUGCCGGCUACGGGAUGAUGUUCAGAGCAUCAACUGGGUUCGAGACGGGGUCCAGCUGGCAGAGAACAACCGGACACGCAUCACAGGGGAGGAGGUGGAAGUCAGGGACGCUGUGCCCGAGGACUCAGGGCUUUAUGCUUGUGUGACCAACAGCCCCUCGGGAAGUGAGACCACCUACUUCUCCGUUAACGUCUCAGAUGCUCUUCCAUCCGCUGAAGAUGAUGACGAUGACGAUGAUUCCUCCUCAGAGGAGAAAGAGGCAGACAACUCCAAGCCAAACCAAGCUAUUCCCCCAUACUGGACUUAUCCGGAGAAGAUGGAGAAGAAGCUCCAUGCAGUCCCUGCUGCCAAGACAGUGAAGUUUAGAUGCCCAUCCAGUGGGACACCUACUCCUUCGUUGCGUUGGUUGAAGAAUGGUAGGGAAUUCAAACCUGACCAUCGUAUUGGUGGAUACAAGGUCCGUCAUGCAACCUGGAGUAUCAUCAUGGAUUCAGUUGUGCCGUCGGAUAAAGGCAACUACACCUGUAUUGUGGAGAACAAAUACGGAACGAUCAACCACACCUAUCAGCUUGAUGUUGUUGAGAGAUCACCCCACCGGCCUAUUUUACAAGCUGGGCUCCCAGCAAACAAGACUGUCUCCUUGGGUAGCAAUGUGGAAUUUGUUUGCAAAGUCUACAGUGACCCUCAGCCUCACAUCCAGUGGCUAAAGCACAUUGAGGUCAAUGGGAGCAAGAUUGGGCCAAAUAACUUGCCUUAUGUGCAGGUCUUGAAGACGGCUGGUGUUAACACAACUGACAAAGAAAUGGAAGUCCUUCACUUAAGGAAUGUCUCCUUUGAGGACGCUGGGCAGUAUACCUGUUUGGCGGGUAAUUCUAUUGGGAUCUCCCACCACUCUGCAUGGUUGACGGUUCUGGAAGCCAUCGAAGACAAGCCAGCUAUGAUGACCUCCCCUCUCUACCUGGAGAUCAUUAUAUACUGCACAGGGGGAUUCCUCAUCUCUUGUAUGAUUGUGACCAUCAUCAUAUACAAGAUGAAGAGCACCACCAAGAAGACCGACUUCAACAGCCAGCUGGCCGUACAUAAGCUGGCCAAGAGCAUCCCUCUGCGCAGACAGGUAACAGUAUCAGCUGACUCAAACUCCUCCAUGAACUCAGGUGUAAUGCUCAUGCGCCCCUCACGGCUUUCUUCCAGUGGGACCCCAAUGCUGGCGGGUGUCUCUGAGUAUGAGUUGCCAGAAGAUCCUCGCUGGGAGCUGCCCAGAGACAGGCUGAUUCUAGGUAAACCAUUGGGGGAAGGCUGCUUUGGGCAGGUAGUGCUCGCUGAAGCAAUUGGCCUAGACAAAGACAAACCGAACCGAGUAACUAAAGUGGCCGUAAAGAUGCUAAAAUCGGAUGCCACAGAAAAAGAUCUGUCUGACUUGAUCUCUGAGAUGGAGAUGAUGAAAAUGAUUGGCAAGCACAAGAACAUCAUCAACCUCCUUGGGGCUUGUACUCAGGAUGGUCCACUCUAUGUGAUAGUGGAGUAUGCAUCCAAAGGGAACCUGAGGGAAUACCUGCAGGCUCGGCGCCCUCCAGGCAUGGAGUAUUGCUACAACCCGACCCACCUCCCAGAAGAGCAGCUCUCUUUCAAAGACCUGGUGUCCUGUGCCUAUCAAGUGGCCCGAGGCAUGGAAUAUUUGGCAUCCAAAAAGUGCAUCCACCGAGAUCUGGCUGCCAGGAAUGUCCUGGUGACAGAAGACAGUGUGAUGAAGAUAGCUGAUUUUGGCCUGGCUCGAGAUAUCCAUCACAUAGAUUACUACAAGAAGACAACAAAUGGUCGCUUGCCGGUCAAGUGGAUGGCCCCUGAGGCUUUGUUUGACAGGAUAUACACCCAUCAGAGUGAUGUGUGGUCCUUUGGUGUUCUGUUGUGGGAGAUCUUCACACUGGGAGGAUCGCCGUACCCAGGAGUACCAGUGGAAGAACUCUUCAAGUUGCUGAAAGAGGGCCAUCGAAUGGACAAGCCUAGUAAUUGCACCAAUGAACUAUAUAUGAUGAUGCGAGACUGUUGGCAUGCUGUUCCUUCCCAGAGACCCACAUUUAAGCAGCUGGUAGAAGAUUUAGAUAGGAUUGUGGCCAUGACCUCUAACCAGGAAUACCUGGAUCUCUCCAUGCCACUGGACCAGUAUUCUCCCAGUUUCCCAGACACCCGCAGCUCAACCUGUUCUUCAGGAGAGGACUCUGUGUUUUCCCAUGACCCCCUCCCUGACGAACCUUGUCUUCCUAAACACCCCCCUCAGCUUGCCAAUGGAGGACUCAAAAGACGCUGAUACUGCAACUUCCAUGGGACCCUUUGCAAGCCCGCUGUGCAUACAAGUGUGGUGUGCGUGUGUGUGUCAAUGAGUGAAUGUGCAUACGCAUGUGUGUGCACUCCCCUUCCAGCUGGACUGGUGAUGGAGCGCCUACCGAGGCAGCCAUCAGAGUCACAUUUCGCUCUUGUAUUCAUGAACUGCAGAGAUUCCAUUCCAAAUAACCAAACUCACACCGCCAUCUUCUUCUCAAAGCUGCCAUUCUUGCAAGCCCCUCGACUUCUGGAAGAGGAGUCGGGAGGGAAUCUGUGCUUAAACAUUUCUCAUAGACUGCAGUUGAGCUGUUGUUGUAUUUUCCCCUUUUGGCCAGUGUCUUAUCAACAACAACAGAGGAGACCCAGAGGUUGGUUCCUAGAUAGCAACAUGCUGUCACUUCUCUUGGGAAGAAUAACAUUCCUAUGAAGAGGAGAGUCUUUUCCGCUCCUUUUUCCUAUUUGCUGACUGAAGCAAUCCAAUCCUUUGACAGCUCAAUAAGCUAAUAGUGGAGCUGAGGUGCAAACCUGCGGCAUCAACAUGUUACAGAUCCAGCUGCAACGUCUUCAUGCAAUCCAGCUGCAGCCCCUGCCAUUUGGAGUGCCUGCUGAAAAUCUGGUACCAAUCCAGGAUCCUCACUCGUGACCGCUUCCUCACUCUGGCACUCAUGCAGCGCAAUCCUGUGCCUUUCCACUCAGAAGUAAACCUCACUCUUUUCCAUGGGGUUUACUCCUAGGAUGACGUGCAUCAGGUUGCAGCCUUACGUUGUGCUUUGCUGACCAAACUUGGAAAGCGACCGAGGUACGAAAGCAUCCCGCAUCUUCGAAGCACUGACGUAUCACGACAAAGGAGGCCGCCAAAUGGAACCAGUGCUCAGAAGAUCAAAACCAACCAACAAAAAUCUUGUGUAUAUAGCUGCAAAAUGUAUAAAUAUGAAUUAUAUAUUUACAUGUCUUUUAAAAAAAACGGUCCUUACCAGAGAUAAUAUCACUUUGGUAGUAAGUUACUAGUGGCUGGUUAGGUAUCAGUUGCUAUGAAAAACAAAUCAUAUAUUUUGCUACUUUUGCCGGUUUUGUUUUUGUUUUUAAAUUAUGUUCUAAAACUUACUUCGGUUUAGGUACGUCAAUAAAAAUUGCUGCUGCUUCAGUUUUAUAUGAGGUCAUAUUAAACAGUGAUUUUUGUUGGUAACAUGGAUGCCUUUGGAGAGAUGUCAUGGAAUAACUCCCCCUCCCCACAUACUAUUAACCUUUGCUCUGGCCCCAUCUCUAGCCAUUUGAGGGACUUGUUGUAGCCUUUGGACUUGAGCCCCAGCUCAAAGACCCUCACUUCACCAUGCUGUGCAAAGAAAGGCGUGCACCCAUAGUUCAGUUAUUAGGUUCAAGAUUACAGUGUUGGUCACCCAUGCGGUUGUGUAGGAAGCCCAGUCCGGUGGAGUGGGGACACUUCUGGCUGGCAUUUUGGAGACUAAAGCAUCCAACCCCCUUUUGAGAGUGGGCAGCAGUGUUGUUAGUGCAAAUCCACAGACUAUCCUUACCUUUGCUUUGGUAACCAGGAACCCAGCACAGAAGCAUCUCGAGAGCCAUUGCCAGUCCCCUGGCCAAGUAAACCUUAUCCCUUCUUUGGGCAGUGCCAAAGAGGAACUCAGUGAGUGCCUUAGAAAUAGCCAUGAGGCCCUGCUUGUCAUGCCUAUUUUCCACUGGAGAAAUAGAAGAUAAAGGGGAACUCCACCUUUCCUCCUAAUCCUCCUAAUCAAUUCCUUCCUCCCACCCCUAUCUUUUUUGUUCAUAGGGAGAGCCUCACCAAAUGAUCGGGUGGUUUCUUCUCUCCCUAGUUCUUCCUAGUUGUUGUUUUGACCCUCAAGCCUUUAGAGGUCUUCAAGCUACAAUGAGGAUCCUCUCCUGUCCCCUGCCACACAAAAAAAGCAUCUUCCCCAGAAAUCUAUCUUCUCAAUAAACCUCAAUUAUUAAUCUAUAGUUUGAGCUUGAGGUGGAAUCAGACCUGUUUCCCUCGGCUGAUGCUCUGAAUGCCGCAACUAGCACUCACAACAUUGUCACUUGUCUACAGAAUCAGUAUCAACUUCUCAACUCCCAAAGCCAAUUCCCACCUCCAUCCUUGGUUCCCUUUUUGGUACUCUGGAAGCCAGAGCCAUGCCAGUCAUACUUGAAAGCUUGCCCUGCCUUUGUAUGGAAAUCAGAUUAUUAUGUUUAAAGGCAAAUUCUGCCAUGGAUUGGGAUUUCUUGUAACUUAUUUAUUUUUUUUAAAGAUUUGAACUGAGUCCUUGAAAUCUCCUAACGUUAGCUGAUAUUCCUGUUGCCUCUCUUUUGUGUGCCUUUUUUCCAGAAUCUUAUGAGGGGGAAAAUAAGAAUAAACCAUACACAUUUAUGUCAA